UGUCUGAAUAGUCUGGUAGCUUUUGUUUCUACUAACACCUUUAGGAGCCACGACAAAUAUCCGGUGUCAUACGAGAAAACGAGUUGUUCAAAUUCAAAGUCUAGAGCGUAGCAAUCAGCUCUACCGGAAAGAAAGAAGUAAAGUUGAUGUCUGUCGAUAUAUCCGUCCCAAGCAACAUCGCCUCGCAAACAAACAUGGACGAUCCCAUAAACUCCCUGUCGCUUCCAACCGAGGAGUCCGCUGUACAGUCAGAUGUCGAGAUGCUUGAAGGAGAGGACGCGGGAGAAGACGACGCAAUGCUUUUGGAUGAAGACGCGUACCCGCAGCCACAGGAGCAGGAGCAGGAACAGGUCUCGCCGAUGGACGAAGACGUCGUCGCGGAUGAGUCUGAGCAGCUGGAAGACGCGCCGCAGCAGAUUGAGCAGACGGAGGAUUUGGAGGUUAAAGAUGCUGAUGUUGAGAUCGGCGAGGCGGCUGAUAUUGCUGUCGAUGAGGAGGUGGUUGAGGCUGUUGAACCUACCUAUGUGGGAGAGAUCGAGCAAGUCAUUGUCGAAGCUCCUGUUGUCGAGGAGCCUAUUGUCGAAGCCUCUGUUGUCGAAGAACCUAUAGAUGAUGCGUCUGCGGAAGUGGCUGCCGCCGAAGAGUCAUCUGUCGAACCCGUUGCUGAUGGUACACCGGAGGUGGUCUCUGUGAUUGAUGAGAGUAUAGCCGAACCUGUGACUGCGCUGACUGAAGUUGCUGAAGUCGAUGCGGUCGAAGAGGUUCCUGUCGUUGAAGAAACUGAAGCGGCGGUUGAAGUCCCUGUUGUUGAAGAAACUGAAGCUGCGAUCGAAGAGCCGGCGGAACCAGAACCCGUCGAAUCUGCAGCCGCACAAGAAGCCAUUACUGAGACAGCCGUCAUUGUUGAACAAAGCGACUCUGAAAGUCCUGAAAAAGCAGUUGAAGAAAGCGUUACAGUCAUCUACGAGUCGACAACAGACUCUGCUCCUCAGUCAUACACCGAAGAAAGCGAAGACGCCAAGACAGCCAAGCCAAAUAUUGAGAUCAUUGACGACGACAAUUCGGCGGUGGUGAUUUCAUCGCCGUCCAAGUCCGAGCCAAAUAACGUGGUCGACGUCGAAGAAUACGAAGAGACUCGCAAUGUGCGGAUAAACUUCCCCGACAUCUGCGUGAUUUUGACCCACGAGGACGCGCACUACCUUCUCUGCCCGUCCGAUAACUCGGACAGUAUAGUCUCUGAGCUCGAAGCGCAGCCUAUAUUAGAGGACUUUGCUAGCCUGUCGCAGCCGAUCGAUACGCUGUUUGCUUAUCUGAGAGAUGUUUUUCAAGAUCGACUGGAUCAGGACGGAGAGCUGGUUUUGGAUAUACCUGUCCUCGACCUUUCUGUUUCUGAGGAUAACGUGUACACUCAUGAUGUGACUCCAUAUGAUCUCGUUGAUCUCUACUCAAGUCUGCUAGUGAACGACAACGAGACCCUUGCCGAGUCGCAGCCCUUAUUCCUCAACCUGACCGUACAGCCUCGGUUCAUCUCUCGAUUUAAUAGCAUCGCGACGUUGAUCCGCAGUGGGAAAGGCCUGAAACAUCUGCAUGGAGCUGCUGCUGAUGUUAUUGAGAUCCCGGAUGAGCCUGUGAAGCCGGUUGUUGUGCAGGAUGGGGAGAGCGCGACGGCGGAGGAGGUUGUAUCUCAACUGCAGCAGGAUGCGGAGGUUGAAUUUACAGAAGAAAAUGGUGUUGUGCCAGAAAUCACAGAGAGUGUGCAAGCCGUUGAUGCCCCAGUAGAGCCGCUAUCAGAAUCCGCACCAGAACCUGUUACAGAAGUUCCAGAGACCGUGUUUGAAACAGAGCAAGUCCCCGUCGCUACUUCCGAUGACGGAUCUGCCGAGCUUGCGAAAAUAAGUACAAAGCGCUCGUUCAGCGACAUUAAUAUAGAUUCAGUGGAAGAUACCGCAGAGCCAAAUGGAAAACGGGCAAAGUCUGAGGAAGCUGAGUAACUCAGAUAGCGUCUAUUCUUCUGACCUCCUAUUAUGAAUUUGCGAGAUCUUUUAUCAGAAUACGGAUGCCGAUCAGGCGAAUCCUCUGUAUGAUGGAUUUCUAUCAAGUUUCCGUCCUCGGUCUCGACCGAGCAGUGAUGUCUUUGUGCACCUUCUGUACUGUUGAGUGAGGUAAGGUGUGAUUCCAAAGUCCAAUAUCCAUACGCAGACAUUGGAAUUUCGCCGAGUGCUGCAAAAAGGACUGCAACCAGCUCCGCGGCUGUCAAGUGCCGUUUCAUCUCUUAGCUUACUCAACCCAAGCUAUGGUGGAUGAUAUGAUCAUUGUAUUUAUAGCCAUAUAAGCUGUUAUUGUAAUUGUAGACAUUUC